AUGGUGGAUAUGGUAAAUAUGACAAUAACUAAGAAUAUAGUUUGUAUCAAAGAUAUAGCAUUUUCUCUCAAAUCACAUCCAGACAAUCAUUUUGUAAUAUCCUUUCAAUGCCCAUCUAUUUCUCAUUUUAUUGCUGUUCCUAUUCUUAAAACUUCACACGAAGGUGUUUGUGAUCAAAAGCCUUGUUUCCUCCUUUUCAAGACUAUACUCGGAC